GACAGUGGCGAGCGUGUGUUUGGUUUGAAGAGGACGCUCCGACCAGGCCGACAACGCGCAGGGCUCGCUGUCAUUUCAACUGAAUGGUGACCUAAACAGAGAUGUCCGGUACAGGAGUGUGUUGUUCCAGCCUGGAGGAGCCUAAGGCCCUGAUGAAGAUGGGUCUGAGCGUGGUCCUCGUCGGUCACGUUAACUUCCUGUUGGGAGCGCUGAUGCACGGCGUGGUGCUCAGACACAUCAACCUCCACAAGCAGGCCCGGGCCAUGGAGUACGCCAUCUCCAACGUGAUCGCCCUCACGUCCGGACUAGUGGGAAUUGUUGUUGGGAUUCUGGCUAUCAUACUGUCUAAGAAUAAGAAGAGCAAAGGCCUGACGUGGUCUCUCUUCUCCAUCAGCCUGCUGUCAGCCCUCAUGGCGGCAGCUUCGACCAUCGGGCUCUUCGUGUCUGCGGUCAGGGCCAUCAUUCACGGUGGGCGGAGCCUCUUGACACACUGCCGCUUCCCCGACGCCAUCAGCUACUCCAGCGUCACCAACGAGUGUCCCUUUGACCCCACGCGCAUCUAUAGUACCACUCUGAUCCUUUGGACACCUCUGAUCGUGACCUGUGUCAUCCAGAUGGUGUUUUCUGCUCGUUGCUUUGCUGUGUGCGUUUCAUUCCUGGGUCUGCCUUGCUGCCCUACCAGGAAGAGACGCAGAAACUAUACCAAAGCGGUCAAUGUGGUGAGGCCAGCGGAGGUAGCUGCUCCCUCUCGCUAUACUGAACCUCCUCGGAGCAGCAGCCAACCUGUAGCACGCCGUACUGAGCCUCCAAGAAGUUCCAGUGAACCUCCAAGAUGGAACACUGGGCCUCCAAGACAGGAGCACCGACAGGAGCACCGACCGCAGCACGUCCCCCGCCAGCACCAGAGCCUUCCUCCUUCAGAGAGACGACCUCUUAACAAGCCACACAGGGAAAGGUCAAACCGAGAAAGGCCACAGUCGAGGCCUGGCACCCAGCAAAGGGCACCAGAGCAGCACCAGCUGCUGGAGAGGGGUACACUGGAAAGGUCCAGCUUCUGGAUUUAGCCACAUGCCAUAUCUUCUUCAUCUAUGCAGUCGUUACUGUUACAGUGCUUGAAGUCAAACUUUAUAUUCACAACACUCAUUUCCAGUCAGUACGUCAAGUUAUGACGUCGGAGGCAGGAAAUGUUUUUAGUAGAUCAUGUGUCAGUUUUCUAAGUUUCAGAUUGUCCAUAUUUAUCAUUAUCCUUGUUAUGUGAGUUUGUUCUUGUCUUUCUACUUAUGCAAGACUAAUUAUUUAUGUCAACAGCUAAAUCCUGUAAAUACGAGGCAUGUAGGCUGUUCUUAAGGGAAUAGUUUGUCCUGAUGAGAAGUAACUUGUUACAUUCUGCCCGUUUUGGGUGAGAAGAUAGCCACAUCUCUGUUGUCUAUGUUAAAUGUGAAGCCGUACUGAUGGUAUAGUUAGCUUAACUUAACAUGACUAAAAGCAUGUAGGAAUAGCUUGCACUCACCAUUUAUUUAUGAAAAGUGUAAAAAUGACAAGUUGCUGUCUUUUGGUAGGCAGGUAAAGUGGAAAGAUCCAAGUGUUUCCAUUGUGCUUAAGCUUUAGUGCUACUCUCCUUAUCUCACAGCCUAAACAAACUUCCUUGAGUUUUUGUUAUGUUCAGAUUUGUUGCUAUUCGUCACCAGAUUAAACUAGGUCAGUACAGACUGCCAACAGCUAUAUUAACGAUGUAAUGUGAAAGCACUUUAACAAAACUCGUUUUUGUUUUAAGUGUUGUUGUUUUCUACCAAUUUGGAGCUUAGCAUUGCUUAGGGCAUGACUGGAAACACCUUGUUUGAUACAACAUAUGUCUAUCAGCCCCACUAAAUCUCACUUACCAACACUACAUUCCUCUUUUUUAUCCUAAUACAAGCAGAAAUGGCUUGGCUGUUUUAACCUGCUUCAGUCAGUAUGCUAACUUAAGCUAAUGGUCAAGUGGCUCUAACUAAAGGCCAUGUGGUUGUGCUCCUUUUUUUUGGUCCAUACAUGAGCAGAAACGGCCAAGUAAGCUGAUUUAAUCUGCUUUAGUUGGUUUGCUAAGCAAAUGGUCUCAUGGCCCUAGUUAUUGUCUCAGGACAACAUUCCUGUUUUUGGUUCACACAUAAGCACCAAUAGCCAAGCUAGCUAUUUUAACCUGCUAUAAAUGGUAUGCUAAGCUAAGCCAAUAGGUCUCAUGGCUCCAGCUUCAAUAUUUGGCAUGAACACAAGGGAAUAGUUCUUAACUUCUGCCUAAAUCGUUGCAAGACAAGUGUUUCCCCCAUUAAGUAUUUCUUUUAAUGUUUGGUUUUAUGUGUAUAAUGGAGACCGGUAUUGUAUAAAUAUAAGUAUGUAUGGACCAUGGACUAUAUAUUAGGGUGGACGUUUCUUUUACUUCAGGCAGGAUAGACUGACAAUUAAGAGGAAUAUAUCUGCUGUUAGGUCAAUGGAAACGAUAUUGCAAGUUUUUGUAUUUAUUUCCCUGGUAAAUAAAUAUUUUUUUUGUUGUUUUUACUGAAAACUA